AUGGCGGAGGCGAAGGUGGUGAAGGACCUGGCGGAGGUGUGCGCGAGUGGUGCGGAGACCUAUAGCGCAUGGACAACUGCGAAAGCUCUCGUGCAACGCCGCUACCUAUCGGGGAAGGCGCAGGGCACAUUCGAGGACUGCUGCAAACUGCUAGCUUCCUUGACACGGGUGCUGCGGACGUACCUCCGCAUCGAUCUGGCACAGGAGCUGCUCCGUGAUGUGCUCUUCCAAGUAAUGGACCACUUCUCUACAAAACAGGCGGCAGGCGCUACAGCAGCCCUUUUGAAGGACGACGGCGCGACUCAGUCCUCCUUUGACCUAGCUGCCGCUAACUUUUUGCAGAACGUGUUUGACACACUCCUUUCUGCGACCACGCGCACCUACACGCUGAUGGGGCCCAUGCCGCUCGUUGUAGAGUGGAACAGAGAUGCAGAUACCGGCGGCGUGGACGCCGCUGUGGCGCAGUCGAAGCACGCCGCGUCAUGGGCCGAGGACGUAGUUCUCGAGUUUGCCCUUCGCGCAGCGGACUUUCUUUCACAGACUCCAGAGGGCACUGAUGCAUUGUCUCGUUGGGCGCAGAAUCUGUUUGUGUCGUACGAACAGCUGCUUGCUCUCCGUUUGACACUCCCGUCACCGCAAUCCUCCACGCCGCAAGGCGGCAAAGGUACCUCGGCCGCUGCCCCCUCGCCGUCGGUGCCCGUCCCGGCGCUGGGGGCACAGAUGCUCCGUAUGAGCAUCCUCAGUCGCGCCAGCAGAACUGGAAAAGAGUCUUCAGACAGCACCAGCGCAGCAACGACACCAUUGACCGCCGCCGUGCACUGGCUCACCCAUUUCGCUCGUGAGCCGAACGCGGUCAAUCACCUCUUCGCUCAGUACGUGUACAUUGACAUUCUUGGCCGAGGUCUACAGUGGAGCUCUACGUCUAACGCUUCACCGGGCAACAGUGGCGCGUCUGUGAAGAUGCCGCGUGAGCGCGUGAAUGCGGCACUGGAGGAGAAGUGCGCGCUGACUCGUCGGGAGGCGAUCUCUAUGGCACGCGCUGCAGUAGAGGCAUACUGGCAGGCGUUUCCGCUUGUGCUGCAGCAGACCAACUCGGCUAGCUCGCGGCGGUUGUCCAGCUGCGCGGAAGAGAGCGGCAAAGAGGACGCAAAUGUUCACCCCCAAUGCAUGAACUUCUACCGUUGGACGUGGUUCCUCGACUCGCUGACGCUCACCUUCGCGUACAGCGGAAACGCGAGUGCGGGUGCCAAUGAGGCCGCGGCGGCGCAGCAGCGGGAGAGGCAGAGGCACGUGUGCGCGCAGCUGCUGGAGACGUAUGCGGACGUUGCAGCUGAGCUCCCGGGGUUAAAGUGGAAAGAGUUGGUUGCCGCCUACAUUGGUGCAUGA